GCACAACAAGAAGAGAAGAACAGAGUUCUCUCUCUCAUAUUUACAGUUGUGCCAUUUCGAUUGGGUUUUUGAACGAACGACUUGAACGCCAUCUGAUCUGAUCUGAUUUACUUACUCAUCAUCAUCAUCAUGUAUUUUCAUCAUCCUAUCCUAUCCUUUCUCAAUCAAUUAUUGUUCAUCAGUAAUCAAUACGAAUCUCUAAAUCGGCACGCAGAUUCAACAACUUGUUUUCCUUCAAUUCUCCCGAUUUAUUGAUUGAUUGAUUUUUAGGUUUCUUAUGUUAAUUGAACAAUGUGUGCUUUGAGAUUUCAUUCAUUUUUUUUUGUUUUUAUGUUAUACGAGUGAAAUAGAUAGAACUGGAUCCUAGUCAAUUGUAAACUACGACUUAUCACUGCUAAUCAAACGAGACUUCGUUUAUUCACAUUUACUUGUUGUUAUCAUCAUCAUCAUCAUCAAUCACCGGUUUCUUUAAGUUGAUUAGGGUUGGAAAAUAACACGCCUUUUUAAUUGUUGUUUCUAUCUAGCUAGGUAUAAACUUAAACUGUUGAUAUUCUGAAGAAGCAAUUCAAAUCUUACUCCGGCCGACAGGCCGGUCGGUCAGGAUACCAGCAGCAACUCCUCCUGCCAGCCAGCCAGCCAGCCAGGCUGUGAUGCAGACCACCUCCGAAGAAGACGCUGCUAAUUCCUUUAACCAGAGGUCCAAAUAUUCAGACCUAAAAAACAACAACCGCCCUGCAGACUACGUUACUUAUGACAUCAGCUCCUAUUCUAGGACCGAGCUCAUGCAGCUGAAGAAGCGAUUGACGGUUGAGUUGGAACAGAUCCAGGGUUUGUAUGAACAAAUCGAGUCCGGAUCGUCACUACUACACCAAUAUCGAGAUUAUGAUGAUGAUGAUGAUGAUGAUCAGCCUCCUCAAGUUACCAAUGGUAAGAUGAAGAAACAAAAGAGACCGAUUCCUUACAAUUCCCUUCAAGAUCCGAAAAGGUUAUGCCAAAGGUCCUGGAAUGGGUUCGACCUUAACCACAUUGGAGAUCUGAUGAAGAAAUCCAGGCAGAUCUUGACCACGUUGAUGAAGAACAAGCAUAGUUGGGUUUUCAGGGAGCCCGUCGAUGCAUUGUCCUUGGGGCUUCACGAUUAUCAUCAGAUAGUCAAGCAUCCUAUGGAUCUUGGUACGGUGAAAGCUAAAUUCUCAAACAAUGCUUAUGCGACGCCCAUGGAUUUUGCAGACGAUGUUAGAUUGACCUUCAAUAAUGCAGUAUUGUACAAUCCGAAAACCGAUAAAGUGCAUGCCUGGGCGGGGGAGUUGCUUGCCCGUUUUGAAGACUUAUUCCGGCCCAUAGAGGAAAAGAUGGGUGGUGCUCUUCCGAGGGAGGAUCAUCAUCCGCCGCCAGUUUAUUCUUCUGUAAACGAUGAUUUGCAGAGGAAUUCGUGGAAUCACAUCCCUACUCCAGAAAUAGAGAGGAGGAAGAAAUCUACACCUCCAAGUUUGAUUCUUCCAACAAUAUCAAAGAAACAACAGGAGAAGACACAAAUGCCAAAGAAUAUGAUGAAGCCAUCGGCGGCAUCAAGCCAUUCGUUGGUACAAUCUCCUCCUCCUCCUCUGACGACGAAUGUAAAUGGGGAACUAUUAUCAAAAUCAAAUAAUCCGGGGAAGUUGCCAAAGCCUAAAGCUAAAGAUGUGGGUAAAAGAGAGAUGAGUAUAGAAGAGAAGGAUAGAUUGAGCAUUGGGUUGCAGAAUUUACCUCAGGAGAAGAUGCCGCAGUUGAUACACAUCAUCAGGAAACGUAAUUGUUCGCAGCUUGGCCAGGUAGAGGAUGAGAUUGAGCUUGACAUUGAGACACUGGAUACUGAAACCCUUUGGGAGCUUGAUAGGUUUGUGACUAACUGGAAAAAGAUGGUGAGCAAGAAUAAGAGGCAAGCAGUGAUGUCAAACAAUGUAAGUAUGGCUGGAGGUACAACAACAACAAGAGAAGAUGAGAACAUGGUGAGGGAAAUUAAUGGUUGCACGCAGGUUGUUUUGAAAGAAGCAGGGGAAAAAGAAGGAAGCGAAGAUGAUGAUGAUGUUGACAUUGGAGGGGAAGAAAUGGCGAUGAUGAGUAGCUUUCCAGCAGUGGAGAUAGAGAAGGAUGGAGGAGGAGCAUGUAGAGAGGAGGAGCAAGGUGGCGGUAGCUCUAGCGGGGGUUCUAGCAGUUCAGGAAGUGAUUCAUCCUCCUCUUCCUCCUCCAGCGAUUCUGAUUCAUCAGGAGGGAACAAUUCUGAUGCAGAUGAAGCUCAAUCCAGAGGAGGAAUGGUAAAGUAGAAGAGAAGAGAAGAGUCUGCCAUAAUAUUAUCUUGGAAGGAUUCGGUUGGUCAGUCAGAAGGGAGAGGUAGAACUUACUUAGCUUGCUGCUGCUGCUGCAAAUGUUACUAACAAACAACAACAAAAACAAAAUAGAUGUGCAGUGAUUAUUAACAUGGGAAGAAGUAAUGUUAAUUGCUGUUGCUGCUUCUCUCUAGGAGAAAUAUAGAUGAUGAUGAUGAUGAUGAUCGACCAUUAGAGAGUAGAAGAUGUCAAUGUUAUGUUUGGAGUGGAGCUGAGCCACAACAACCACAAGAUAAAAAGAAGAAAGAUGUUAUUAUAGGCUAGCCAGUAAGUCAGAUAUUUCAAUUUGGCUUUCUAUAUAUUAUAGCAGGCAGGAGGAGAAGAAAUUAAUAAUAAUUGCUUUUUCUACAGA